UAACCUGCUUUAUCGUGAUAUCAAUAUCCAAACUUCAUUAAUUAACAUCACAAGAGCCAUGGACCAGCCUCAAAUCUCAAGCGAAAGGGAAUGUCGUUUAGUCUCAAUGUCAAUUAACGUCUGCGAUUUAUCUAGACAAGCCGCCGUUAUCCAUGUUACCCAUGUUACCCAUCUUCACGUCGCAUAGUUUUUCUUUCUCCACAGCUUCAUGCCCACACUUUCAAACGUUACAUGUAUCAGCAUCGUGACAGCUUUUAUUGAUGCCACUAGAAGAGGAUUGUUGAACCUUCCCUUUAACUCAUCCGUCAUGUCAUCUGGAAACUUUCUUUUUCUUUAGUUUGUACUUGUCAUUUUUGGGGCUUUUGGGUUUACGGUGAUUGCGUACAGGAAUCUUCAAUUGACUCUUUAAGGUGCUGGAAACCUUGGUUACUUUUGAAUGAUUUAAUUCCAUCGACUUACAAACGGCUUGAUGCUAUAUCAUCUAAUGAAUAAUGCAAUACGAUACGGUGCGACACGGUACGGUACAAUACGAUAAUUCUGACAAUAAAAUCGGAUCGGCAAGUUAAUUGAAAGAUUGGAAGGUAUUGCCAAAGAAUCUAAAACUUUAAUAGAUUCAGCAAAAACAUACUGAUUCAGUAACAACACCGAUAAUACCAUGGCAACUUGGGGAGCCUACUUUUCCUCCUAUGUCAAAAAGAAUCCUGGAGGCACGCCCGCAGAUAAAGAGAGUGAACCAACAAUUACUCCUAUCGUACCAUUGGACGCCGAUACUGAUGUCAAAACUAUUGAGCCCUUAAUCCUCGAGGAGGAUAAGCCAAUACCAAACACAGGCAAAGAUGUGGAAAAACGGUUCGAUGAGAAACUGGGGAGUGUAGGAAAUUUGGGGAUGGGCACAGCUUCAGUGACGAGAAUGCCAACAUUAAGAUCGAACAGUAGGGGUGCAAGGAUGGCAAAAAUGUUUGGAUACGGUACGGCGAAGGGAGAGAAGGUUGAAGAAAAAGGUUUGGAGGAUAAAGAAGAGGUGGGGAUAUCUGUUGUUGAAGUAAAGGAGAUAAAGACUCAAGUGGCACCCGAGAUGAGCAAGAUUGAAAAGUUGAUGGCGGAGAGAAAAGCUGCUGCGAUCGAGUCGAGAACUGCUUCAUUGGAAAAUACUCGACGAACGCCAUCACCUGAGCCUGUACAAACCAAACAACCUCCGGAGCAGCUACAAGUUAAUUUGCCAGAGCGGCCACCUCAAUUAUUUGACCUUGUUGAGACUGUAAAAUCUGAGCCACUUGAGCCUUUACAAACAGAGCAAUCUGUGGAGCCACUCCAACUUCCUCCGCCAGAGCAACAGCCUCAGUCAUUAGGCCCUGAUCAGACUGUACAAUCUGAACCACUUGAGCCUGUACAAACAAAACAACCUUUGGAGCAGCUCCAAGUUAUUUCGCCAGUACAACCACCUCAAUUAUCGGAGCUUGUGCAGACGGUACAAUCUGAGCCAGCUGAGCCUGCAACAGACCAACCUUUGGAGCAGCUUCAAGUUAUUUCGCCAGAGCAACCACCUCAGUUAUCGGAGCUUGUGCAGACGGUACAAUCUCAGCCGCCCGAGCCAUCCAAACUUUCAAAACCAGCUGAGUCAAUUAGCAGAGAUUCCCUCCUACGAUCAGUACCCGAAAAAUCCAAGUCAAUCGUUUCAGAUACACCUACUUCAACACGCUUUUCAUUCAAAGGAAUAAAGUCCUCAACAAAACGAGCUUCCACACGAAGUAAUACCAAAGCUUCAAUAUCUGCAUUAGAUGAUCUUAUGGCUGGAUUCGGUGAGGAUUUUGCUAACAUUUCAGUCACUUCAAAACCUGCUGAGAAUGAGAAGGGGGUGGAAAAGACAGCAACGGGAAAACCAAGAAAUCAGCGAAAACAAAAGGCUUCAAUUUCGGCACUAGAUGAUAUUAUGGCUGGAUUGUACUCUAUGGAGACUAAGGUAGAAAAUACAGCUGCACCAAAACCGAAAGAGGUCCGGAAAGUCGAUGUUAGGAAAUCUGAGAUAUCUACAAUGUCUGAAGUAUCGCACGCUAUUCUGAAAGUUCUUAGUCUGCCUGUUGAAACUCCUGAAGCAGCACGCGAAACAACGCCUGAAGCAGCACCUGAGAUCUUAAAAGAGAUAUCGCAAACUCCAAAAUCGACAAAAAAGAUUCCAAGAGCAGUGUCAAGAUUUCCAGUAGUAGUAUCGGAAAUUAUCAGAACAACUCCAAAUCUUCCGGCACCCAUAGUGACAACAGAUGCGAUUCCUGCCACCAUAAUAGAUCAGCUUAGUUUGAUUCCUCUAAAGACCCAGAUAGUCACCCAACCAGUUACAAAAAUCCCCCGUUCACCAAUAAUAAAUGGACAAUUAAGUCCUAUUCCAACACAAUUUCGUCUUCGUCCCAAACGUUCUUUUAAAGACAUGGUAAAACUGGCCACAUCACCUCGUUUAGCACAAGUUGCUGAACAAGCUAUUGAAGCUGAAGCUGAACGAAAGUUACUUCAAUAUGAAAGGCAAGCUGAACAGAUGUUGCUUGAGAAGGAAGAGAUGGAGGAGAAGAGAAUGAGUAUGGAGGAGAGUUUUAGGAAAAUGCAGGAAGAGGAUGAGAGGAUUUCUAGAGAGGCGGAUGAAAUAAAGGCUUUUUAUGGGGAGCAGGAAAGGAUGAGAAUUGAGAUGGAGGCUGAAGAGGAGAGGGCAAGGAAGGAAACGGAGGCUGAAGAGGAGAGGGUAAGGAAGGAAAUGGAGGCUGAAGAGGAGAGGGUAAGGAAGGAAAUGGAGGCUGAAGAGGAAAGGAAGGAAAUGGAAGAAGAAAGAGAUAGGACAGAAUGUGAAGAGAAGGAAGGAGAGAUCAAAGAUGGAGAGAGAACAAGAAAAGGCAGCUCAAGAGGCAGCUAGGAAGUUGAAAGAGGAGCAAAGAUUAGAGGAAAUGGAAAGACAAGCCGCAGCUAAGAAGUUGAAAGAGGAGCAAAGAUUAGAGGAAAUGGAAAGACAAGCCGCAGCUAGGAAGUUGAAAGAGGAGCAAAGAUUAGAGGAAAUGGAAAGACAAGCCGCAGCUAAGAGAUAUGAAGAAGAAGAAAGAAUUGCAGCGAUUGAGAGGCAAGCCGAAAUGGAGAGAUGGGAGGAAGAGGAACGUUUAGCAGCUGAAGAAGCAGCAAGGCGAUAUGAAGAGGAAAAAAGAUUAGCAGAGAUCAAGAGAAUAGCAGAAGAAGAGCGAUUAGAAGAAGAAGAAAGACUAGCAUACGAAGAACAGUUACGCGAAGAGGAAUUUGAAGAACGACAACGCCAAGAAGAAGAAAGAAUUUACGCCGAACAAGCUCGACAACGCGAUGAAAAAAGAGAAAGAGAAGCUCGAGAAAGAGUCGAAAGAAUGGAAGCUCAAAUGCGGGAAGAAGAAAGAUUAAGAGCUGAAAGAGAUGAACAGGAAAGAUUACAAAUGGAGGAAGAGGAAGAGGAAAGAAGAGCUUAUGAAGAACGUGUUGAAAGACAACGUCAAAGAGAUGAACGGGAAAUGGAAAUGCUAAGGAGAAGAGAAGAACAGGAACAAAUUACUCAACAGCAACGAUUUGAAGCACAGAGAGAAAUGGAAAGAAUUGAUAGGAUGGAACUUCAAGAGAGAGAAGUUAUGAGAAUGCAACAACAGCUUCAACAGGAGGAAAUGGAUAAAGAAAGAGAAGAAGCUAUUAGAUUCCAGCGUCAACAGCAAGCGGAUGAUUUUUUGAUGAGAGAUGAGGAUGAUUUUGAGGAUGAAAGACCUUUAACGGUGGAAGAACAGAUGGCGAAAGCGGAAGAGAAAAUUAGAAUGGCGUUUGCGGGGAUGGCGGCGCAGAAAGCAGGGGGUCAGGGGAUGGCCAGCCAGGGGAUGGGGAGCCAGGGGAUGGGAGGGAGAGAGAGGAUGGAAACACAGUUUAUGCAGCCUGCUAGACAGUUGGCUCCUAGACCUUCGGUUAAGGGGGGUUUGCCCGGUGGUCCUAGGAGUGGGGGUGUUCCGUGGGCACCGAGGAUGAAGAGGGUAUAAGGAGAGGUGGUUUAAUGUGAUGGAUUGAUGGGUGGAUGGAUGGAUGUCUGGUGGGAAGUUAUUAUUACCUCUUUUUGAAGGAAUAUACAUAUACAUUAUAGUAUCAAGAUGAAUAAAUACAUUCACUAAAUAUCUAUCUUAGACAUCAAU